GUCCUAGCUGGUGUCAGUUGUUGACAGACAGAGGUCAGUCUGUGGUGGGUUAUGAACCAGAGUGUCAGGUGAAUGGAAGACUGUUCUCCCCACUGCAGUGUGACCAGACAGACUGCUGGUGUGUGUCUCAGACAGAUGGACAGGAGCUGCCUGGAACCAGGAAGCCACGUGGCACCGGGAAGACGCCUGCCUGUGACAGUCCCCAGUGUCCCUCUCCUUUCUCUGACAUCACCGUUACCUACGGUGACGUGGUCUGUCGCUCUGACGUGAUUGGUGGCCAGCAGAACUGUGACCUCAUCUGUCACCUGGGUUACGAAAGCACACUUCCUGUAAACAUGCAGUUACUGUGUGACAUGGAGACCAGAGCCUGGGUGACAGAGGCCCCACUUCCUCAAGCCUGCCAGAGACUUCAGGUGCUGCAGACCGUCCAGACCUCUGUGGUGCUCCAGCUCACCCCUGGUCCAGACCAGGGACCCUGCAGCUCCUCCCUCCACUCCAGCCUGCAGACCUCUCUACUCCACGACAUGAGGGCCCAGGGUCUCUGCAGCCUGCAG